GCCGGGCCGCCUGGGCCGCGCCGGGAGCGGGGAGCCGUGCGAUGGUGGGGAUCUCGGGAGGCUGCAAGCUUGCUGGUGAGAAGAGGGUGCCAGUGAUGCCCGGCUCGCCCGUGGAAGUGAAGAUACAGACCAGGUCCUCUCCUCCCAAUAUGCCGCCACUGCCCCCCGUCAACCCUGGCGGCCCUCGGCCCGUCUCCUUCACCCCAGCUGCACUGCCCAACGGGAUGAACCAUUCCCCCCCGACGCUCAAUGGGGCACCAUCCCCACCCCAGCGCUUUGGCAACGGCCCGGCCUCCUCUUCCUCUUCCUCACUGACCAACCAGCAGCUCCCGGCCACGUGCGGCGCACGGCAGCUCAGCAAGCUGAAACGCUUCCUCACCACCCUGCAGCAGUUUGGCAAUGACAUCUCUCCAGAGAUCGGGGAGAAGGUGCGGACCCUGGUCCUGGCCCUGGUGAACUCAACAGUGACGAUCGAGGAAUUUCACUGCAAGCUGCAAGAGGCGACGAACUUCCCCCUGCGGCCAUUUGUGAUCCCCUUCCUGAAGGCCAACCUCCCUCUGCUCCAGAGAGAGCUGCUGCACUGCGCCCGGGCUGCCAAGCAGACGCCGUCCCAGUACCUGGCGCAGCACGAGCACAUCCUUCUCAACACCGCCUCCUCCCCGGCCGACUCUUCGGAGCUGCUCAUCGAGGUGAACGGGAACAGCAAGAGGCACAGCCCUGACAGAAGGGAUGACAGCAGCUUUGAGAGAGAGCCGCUGCCGACGGAGCCGCCUGCCAAGCGUGUGUGCACCAUCAGCCCUGCGCCCCGGCACAGCCCAGCACUCAGCAUCCCAAUGCUGAACCCUGGUGGGCAGUUCCACCCCACCCCACCGCCCCUCCAGCACUACACCUUGGAAGACAUUGCCACCUCCCAUCUGUACAGAGACCCUGGCAAGAUGCUGGAGCACAGGGAGAUCCGGGACAGGCACGGCGGGCUCGGUUUGAAUGGAGGUUACCAGGACGAGCUGGUGGACCACCGCCUGACUGAGAGGGAGUGGGCUGACGAGUGGAAGCACCUCGAUCAUGCGCUGAACUGCAUCAUGGAGAUGGUGGAGAAGACCCGGCGCUCCAUGGCCGUGCUGCGGCGCUGCCAGGAGGCUGACCGUGAGGAGCUCAACUACUGGAAGAGGCGGUGCAGUGAGGCUGAGCCACGCAAGGCUGGGGGGGAGCUGGGCACAGCCAGGCACAGCCCCGGCAGCUCCGACUCCAUCGGCAGCGAUUCACUGCGGGAGUUCGGCAGCAGGUCGGGGCCGGGCUACGUCACCGAGGAGAUAUGGAAGAAAGCAGAAGAAGCCGUGAACGAGGUGAAGCGCCAGGCCAUGUCGGAGGUGCAGAAGGCUGUGGCAGAGGCAGAGCAGAAGGCGUUUGAGAUGAUCGCCUCCGAGAGGGCGCGCAUGGAGCAAACCAUCGCCGACGCCAAGCGCCAGGCCACCGAGGAUGCUUUCCUGGUGAUCAAUGAGCAGGAGGAGUCCACGGAGAGCUGUUGGAACUGCGGCCGCAAGGCCAGCGAGACGUGCAGCGGCUGCAACAUCGCGCGCUACUGCGGCUCCUUCUGCCAGCACAAGGACUGGGAGCGGCACCACCGCAUCUGCGGGCAGAGCCUGCAUGGCCACAGCAAGGGGCUGGCGCUGCCUACAGGGCGCUCGGCCAAGGCCGGGGACGGCGUGCCCAGCCCCAGCAUGGAGAAGAGCUCGGCGGCCACCUCCCGCUCCUCCACGCCCGCAUCUGUGACAGCGAUAGACACGAACGGACUCUAAAGGGGAAGUUUGGGUUCAGCCCGUUUCCUUCGUUGUCCCGGUGGUGUUUUGGUUUUUGAAGUUGGAAAAUAAAACCCACGGGAGCUCGGAUCAGUUGAUGCGUUGGACAAACCCAGGUCACCUCUGUUGGAAGCUUUGCCGCCCCUCCUGCCUUGCGGGGUGCACAGGGAGCUGCAGCACACACCCACAGCAUCUCUGCACCCAUCGCUGCCGAGGAGUCGGGGCUGCAGGCAGGAGUGCUGGGCACACAGAGCCCUGGGCCUUGGCUCAGACACGUGAGCUCCUUCCUUGGGGUGUCCGAAGUCCACUUAUUCAGCCCCAGGUGUGUCUGUCUGUUGUUACCCUGCUCCCAGUGCUGUGUGGUGCUCUGCCCCAGCGGGGCUGCUGUCCCAGCAGGAGCAUCCCAUCCAGCCAUGCAGUGAUAAGGACAGGAUCACCCUGGGGGUGGGGGCACAGCUCCACUCCAGGGACUGCGCUGAGUCCCUCUGUGCCACGCCAGGCAGCAGUGUUGGGUCUGAUGUUGGACCUUUGAAUGCCUGCAGCCCAAAUCUGAAUCCCUCAUGGGUGAUUACUGCCCUUUCCAUCUGGGUGCAGAUAUUUGCUAUGCAGGAAGCGUUGUUCUGUUGCGUGGAAGCUGUUGGUUUGGGAGUUAUUACUGCUUUCAACCACCGAGGCUGCAGUGUGAGCGCUGGGUGCUGUCACAGCCCGCUCUUCCCACACAGCUCCUGCCCCAGAGCCCGACCUGAAGCCGUGGGGCCCAGCACCCUCCGCUGCUCCUCUCAGCUCCUUGCAGCCAGCACUGCCUGGGGAGAAGCUGCUCAGGGCUGAGGGGGCACAGGGCUGUGCUCCAGCACCGUGCUGUCAGCAGUGCAGCAAAGGGAGGAUCCGCAGUGCACCCGCACUGAGCUCAUGCUGUGCUGCACACAAAUGGGACUGAGGAAAGCAUCUGUUCAGUAAAGCUGCAUUUCCAUGACUGGGUUUGUGUGCUCGUUGGGUUGGAGCCCAAUGAGGCAAGUAAUUCCCAAAUUAUUUUUGAUCACUUUUUCCAUUGGAGGCGAAUAAUGGAGAUGCAAGGAAUGAUCCCAGAGCUUGCAGGCGGCGUGCUGGGCUCGAGCAGCAACAACAGCCUGCAGGGAACGCUGCUGUGGGAGCUGCUCUGCAGCUCAGCCCUGCCUCUGCAGGGGAUUAUCUUGCAAAAUAAAGCCCCAAAGUCUCCCAGUUCUCAUGGAGCAGCCGGGGUCAGCCCAGCCCAGGGCCUGCAGUGUGAGGGCCGAGUGCUGCCUGCGUGUGUACAUAGACCGUCUUCCAUCGUCCUCAUGCAGCUUUGGUGGCUGUGUAUUAAAAUUAACCCCAGUGUAAAUGAGUACAAUACUAACAGUCAUGAUUAGAAUAAUUAUUUUUUUUAAACACGUAACGAUACACGUGAACUUUGGACAUGGGCAGACUUGAGGGACUGAGUUUUCUAUUUUUCCUUUUUUUGUUUUUUGUUUUUUGGACAUUUAAUUCUGUAAUAGGAAUUUGUAUUUCAUUCCUGUGCAUAACUUAUUUAAUGUACUGUAUAAAGGAACCCAAACUGUUACAGAUGUAUUUAGUUUGUUCUACUCAAAAGUAGUCAAUAAAAAGACUCUCCUCAUCA